AUGACAACUAUCAAGGUGCCAGACAAUAUUCCAACAGCUCCACGAUGGCUCCUCGACCUACAAGAAUGGAGGAUCCAACCGUUUACUGAGGUUCCAGAGGAGAUCCUCAGCAGCGAAGGCUAUGGCGUGGUCUCGUAUACCUGGGGUUAUAUUGCCCAAUGGGAUAAGCCAGAGUUAGACGUUCCGGAGGGUGUCGUGUGGAAGGUACCCACCACUUCUAAGUGGCCCUUGUCGAAGGCAAGGGAAGUGAUGCGAAAGAUUGGGACUCGGUAUAUCUGGUGGGACUGGAUGUGUGUUCCUCAAGGUCGAGAGCACGAGCUUGACCCUAAGCUACUCAGAGCCCAAAAGCAGGAGAUUGCAAAACAACUGCACAUUUACAAACGGUCGACGCGAAGCAUUGUCUGGCUUCAUUCAACGUCGUGGGAGGAAGAAUCCGCGCUGAAAAAAGUGCUUUCCCUGGAGAUGUCACGGCCUGGCUUUGUGGACCCGGCAAUUGUUGAGGCGUACACGCGCAAGGUCGAAAGCUGGCUUCGGAUUGCUCAAAAAGACGAACGUUGGUUGAAAUCGGGCUGGACAUUGCAGGAAGGUGUCCUACUGGGGGACACUACUCUGCUCGACGGACAUGGGAAUGUUCUCUCCGACAGCAGGUUUUACAAUGGACACAAGGCUGUCGUUCGUGAUCUUUCCAUCCCUGUCUCGGUGCUAUGUCAUAAUCUCGCCUCGGCCUAUUUCAUCCAAAGUGAAGGCCAUGACCCGGACUCCGAGAGACCUGGAGCUGGGCAAUUCGGACAUUCGCUCCCCAAGUCACCAGAAUCGGUGAUUUGGCUGCGACAGUCCAUUAAAGCCCUAACUGAGUCUGGGCUGGUGGGGUUCUUUGAGUUCAGUCCUCUGUCUAUCCUGGCUGGGAAGAAUAGCCGAAAAUAUGGUUUGCCUAAGGACUCGUGCUGGGCAUUGGUUGGCGCGAUGGAGCUGGAAAAUAUCGAGGUCGAUUACAAGUUCCCCAUGGAGGAAAUCAAGAGAAGAUUUCUAGCCGCCCUGGUCGAAAAGUAUCAGGCGAUGAUGCUUUUUCUUCCCUUCCCAGAGGGUCAAUCCGAGAAACAGCGCAUCGCAGAGACCGAGAAAGGGCCCUUUCAGUGGACAGAUAUUGUUGACGGCGCCUUACUACCUGUUCAUCUCUUCGGGGUCGAGUCUCAUACAGAUCCAGAGCUACCUGAAGAGAAGCAGCCAAUACUUCAUUUUUCUGAUGAGCAGUUCCGCUCCGAGGAAUUGCGCAUCAAAGCACCCGACGGUCAAAAAUUGGGCCUCUUUCACUUAUCAAAGAAUCAUGUCACCUAUUUCCGUCAUUACCGCCAGGAUGCAAACGGGCUGCGGAUUGUGUCUUCGAAGUCGGUUACUUUGGCGGAGGAUCCUCUUCUCACGGAUGCAUGGUUUCUCCCUUUAUGGAAUGUCGACAAAAAAGGACAUGUCCGAGGGAAACGGUGUCUGCUGAUGUUGCAGUCGAAGGGUUUGAACGAGAGUGAUCAGCCGGCCCAUGCAGCUUUUGGUGGAAUGAUCGAUGUAUGGGGGACUGGAUACGAAAAGGCCGAGGUCAAGGAGAUCAUCUUGGAUCCCUGCAUCUGA